CGUGUGCCCCAUAGAUUAUAAACAUAAAUGAUAACCGUUCUCAGUCCGCGUUGAUAACGCCGAUCGUGGCUGUCGUUGUUCUGUUUGAGUACGAUCCCGGUGUUCGAAAUUAUCGACGACAAGACUUAACGACAACACGAUUAUCUGGUGCUGAGAAACUGAGAACAACAAACGAUCGCUGAAAACAAAGACAAGACGCUCCGGACAAUGAUCGACGACGGACGUGCUACGACGUCUCGCCGGUUGCCGAACAAUAAAAGCUCAUCAAUCACCGAAAGUUCGCUGACGCACCAGUGAGCAGUAGAGGUCAGCGGUGGUGUGUCUUUCUGACCAAUAACCGACAGCUCAGAGGAGAAGAUGUCGUUCCGCAGUGCCAACUGUUUAUUCAUGCUGGUGGUCAACGUUUGUCUGUACAUGAGCGUCGUGUGUUUCUUCUCGUCUUCCAGUUCAAUCGUCAAUAGUCACAUCGACAACAGUUGGCUAAACGAGUUAAAAGGGAAUAUCGACGAGACAAACAGCACAGUAGAAAUCGUUGAUAAAUUUAAUAACUAUCAAAUAUACCCUCGUAUUAUCAGUAUUGUUUCAAAAGAUUAUUUUAAAUUUUUUAAGGUAAAUCUACGUAGAACUUGUCCAUUUUGGUCGGACGACAGCAAAUGUGCUAUGAGAUAUUGCCAAGUGGAAUCCUGCCAGUUGGACGAUUUACCCAUAGGUUUGAAAGGUAGUCGUCAUAGUUUAGUAGAUGAAGAUAUGUCGAUUAAGUAUAUGGAAGGACCACAACAACAAGAGUGUGAAGAAGCAAUGCAAGACGAAUUGGGUUACAUUAACACAACUAUAAGUGCUGCAGCUAUGGAGGAUUUUGCUCUCUGGCAGGCCCAUGACGAUAUACAAGACAUGUACUGUACACUACCGGAUGAUGAUGGGGAAGCCGAGUACGUUGACCUAUCUCUAAAUCCUGAACGAUAUACCGGAUAUAAAGGACCUUCAGCUAAUCGCGUUUGGAAUACAAUUUACAUGGAAAACUGUUUCAGGCCAAAAAAUUUAUUUGAAGUCUACAUUAUAUCAGCAAAGUUGACUGGAAUGUGUUUGGAGAAACGAGCAUUUUAUCGAGCAAUUUCGGGUCUUCAUACAAGUAUUAAUAUCCAUCUUAGUGCUCAAUAUCUAUUAUCAGAUAAAGGAUCGACAUUUUUGAACCCAUGUGGCACCGGUUUUUGGGGUCCAAAUGCUGAGGAAUUUGAACGUAAGUUUGGUCCUAAGUACACAAAAGGUGAGGGCACACAGUGGCUCAGAAAUUUAUAUUUCUUGUAUCUCGUUGAACUGAGAGCAUUACAAAAAGCUGCACCUUUACUCAAACAAGUAGAGUAUUAUACAGGAAAUGAUAAAGAGGAUGAAGCCACUCGACUGGCUGUCCACAAUUUCUUAGGAAUUAUUAAAAAAUUCCCACAACAAUUUAAUGAGCAUACAAUGUUUUUGGGUGGACAACAGGCUCAAAAGUUAAAAGAAGAGUUUCGUCUUCAUUUCCGUAAUGUAUCAACCAUUAUGGAUUGUGUGGGAUGUGAUAAAUGCAGACUGUGGGGAAAACUUCAAGUACAAGGAUUGGGAACAGCUCUGAAAAUAUUAUUCUCAAACAAAGCACGGACGAAUGGAUAUAAUGAAUUGUCUACCACUGUCAACAAGCACACAUUACAAUUGGAACGUAGUGAAAUUGUUGCUCUAUUUAAUGCGUUUGGAAGGUUAUCUACAAGUAUAUACGAAAUAGAAAAAUUUCGGAAGCUCCUGAGGUAAAGAAGUUGAUAUUGUGUAAGAAAAACAUCACAACUCAUUUUGAUUUACUAAAGAUGUACAAUACAUUGUUAUCACUACAUUCCUUCCUCACUUUUCUUUUAUAAGUUUUAUAUUACUGUAAGUACAUGAUCUGUUAAUAGUUUUUUAUUAAACCAUCAAGUAGUCAUACAUUUAACUGAAUUGACCGAUAAAAAACCUCUUGGUGGUAUUUAAUUUAUUUUAAUUUUUUUUUUCUGAUUGAAUGAUUUGAAAUACUGACAGUCAUAAAAAAAUCUGUUUAAAAGCUCUCUAUGUAAGAACGAUAAAAUGUACUAUUAAUUUAUUGAAGAAUACCAAUAUUUGUUUUACAAACAUUGUUUGGUUAAACUUUUCUAUAGUCUAGUCCUUUUAGUGUAUUUUUCCAAAUGUCUUUGUUUUUUGUUUUAUGUCUAAAGUGGUAAAUUUAUGUGUGUACAAUUGUUGUUAUUUAUAUUUUUUACUUGGUUUUUGUGUUGUAUUAUUUGUUAUGUUUAUUUAAUCUCAAACUUUAAUUUACAAGUUAAAUCAACUAUAGUAUACCCAAUACACAUGCACAAAUUAUUUUUAUAUUUAUAAUAAUGGUGUGAGGUCGUGUGUAAUUUUUAACAAUACAAUAUAAUUGUCUUUCUAAAAAUAAUUGUUAAAACUAUGAGAGCUCAAAAUGAGGUUUUAUUACAUAAUAGAUAUACAUUUGAUAUAAAAUAGAAUAUGGUUUAUGUAUAAAUAGUGGCUACUGUGAUAAGGUAUGAAAGGUCUGAACAAAUUAAUCAUAAUAAUGUAUUAUGUUUAGUCUAGAUUCAUAUAGAAUUUGUGUAUUGUUAAUGUAUGUAUGUGUUAUGUAUCUAUGUAUUUAUUUAUUUAUUUUAUUUUAUAUUUUAUAUAAUUAUUAAGUUGAUAAUUCAUGUAAAAAUAUCUCAGAUGACUAAUUCAUACCUAAUGUUAUUAAUCCUGUUAAUUACUAAAAUAUUACUUAUGUUUUAAUUAAAUACUCAAGUCUAUAAGCAAAAAAACAACUUAACACUAAACAAAGUGUGAAAUUAUCUAAUUAAUAUUAUAUAUCAUCGUUUAUUGUUAAUUAUUGUGUUGGUUUAUAAAUUACAUUUGAAACUUUGGAGUAAAUGCAUGCAUAUUACCAUUGAUUACAAAUACUAUGUACAAUUCUUCAAAUGUAUAUCGUAUUUCUUAAAUAAAUGAUAACAGAGAAUUAUUAUGGGCAUUUAC